AUGAUUUCAGGUAUUGAAAGCAGAUUCUUUGAAGGACCUGAGAACAAGGGCAAAAACCCCAAGUAUUCUCUGACCGAUCUUGAUAAUGAAAACUUCAGUCAGCCUCGCCCAAGGAGGCCCAUCUCCUGCCUUUUCAAAGAAUGGUGCUACAAUUUCCUCUGCUCAGGAGAGGUUGAUUUCAGCUGUCUGUCUAAGGAGGAUGUUGCAGAUGUGGAAUCUUCCCUGCUCAUCAGCAAAGUUGAAGAUGCAGCAGACAUACAGUCUCUGAUGUUGUGGGCUGAUGAAAUUGUCACCUGUGGAUACACAAACCAGAUAAAGAUGGAUAGUAAGGAAAGCAUGAUACGUGCCAUUGUCUUACACUCUACAACAAGACUGAUUCCAAUGCUACAGCAGCUCAGAAAGGGCAUGGAACUGUAUGGUCUUGUGAACCUGAUGGCUGUAAAUCCUGAAGCUUGCCACAGUUUGUUUGUGCCUGGGAAAAUCCUCAAACCAGACGCUGAUUUCAUUAUGAUGAGCUGCCAACCACAUUUCAGUGAAAAGGGGACAUCUAGGGAGAGAACUGAGAGGAAGAUCAUAGAUUUUUUGCAAGAUUUCUCGCAGGAGAUUGAAGCAUCAGAAAAACUUCAGAAACAUUUUCAAACAUCACAGAUGGAAACACAGGCGGUGCAGGUGGUGAAAAAUCAGAGUCUCUUGCUGUCCAGCAUGUGCUCCAGUGGAUGACCGGCCAGUCCCAUGUUCCCAUCCUUCCUGAUGAAAAGAGACAUUUCAAAAUAACAUGCAAGUUUGACCACGAAUGUAAGGAGCGGCUGGGAGAUCACUCAAUUUGUUACCCAGUUGUGAGUGCAUGCACUUGUACUGUGACUUUUCCAGUGCAGCAUCUGGACACGUACACAAUGUUUAAAACCAUAAUGAGUGCAGCAGUUAGAUAUGGUGGUGGAUUCCACAGAGUUUAACACAUUGUUGUCUUGUAAUUUGGAAACUAAAUGAGUAAAAAUGUUUCUAAACAUUAGCUGUUAAGAUGUUCGUAGCUGUUUCAUGAAAAUGAUAAGACUUCAAAACUUUGUGUAGGGUCCUACGUUGAUAGAUAUUAAGCAAGUGCUUUGUUUGAUUGUCUACUUGUAAUCUGAAUUGUAAUCUGUAAUCUUUCAGCAAAGAAAUCCAGUAUUUGAGAACAAAAGAGCGUUGACUUUCACGUCCAUCUUAAGUGUCACUGUUGGUUUGACACCAGUAGCAAGAAUUGUAUAUACAGGUCACGACCGUAAGAUUCUGAAUGUUCCAAGGGAUUAAUUGUUCUCUGAAGUCCCUCAAGGGUUUCCUCAUCCAGUGGGCAUUCAAUUUCAGCAACCACAACUGUGCUGUUAGAUUCUUCUUGCAGUACAGCACUCUCCCAGUCAAUGCCUGGAUCCUGAAGCUCCUUCAAAUCCACAAACAUAUAUAAUAGUCAUUAUUCCAGAAUAGGUACUUUUGGGAGUAAUGUUAUUUUGUGUAAGCGUUUUUUCCAAUAAAUACAACAAUUUAAAAAGAA